AGUAACCUACAAUCUUAUUAUGAGAUUUAACUUUGCCCUAACUGGACUUGUGGAUGAGCAGUGCUCUAGUCCCGCUCCUGAACUCAACUAAUGAAUGACUAGAAAUAGUUAUAAGGCGCUGUCGCUCGCGUUAUGACAGACAAAACUACUCUGCCAUGUCUCUGUCUGUGCGGAAUACAUAAAGGCUCUGCCUUGAAUUAAUCACUCGCUCUUUAAUGGAUCUUUGAGGAUCGCGCUUGACGCAGUGAGGAGCUGCAGCUCUUUGUAUUCCGAGGCCAAGAGGAACCUUGUGCUUUUUUUGCCCCCGUCCGAUAUCUACUGCCUCUUAGAAAAUGUCAAGGGGGUACAUGGUGACAUAGGGACCCCGGUUUGGUUACGGAGAGACUCUUGCUUCGCUCUGCGAAAGAGUUCAAGACAACAGCGGCACAGAUGUGGUGCGUUUCUUUUCAACCAAGCGUCAACAAAGAUCAGUUCAAGGGGAGAUUUCGAGCAUCAUUAGUUCGGGACAGGCCAGCUACUGAUGGUGGAUCUCAGACAUGCGUGUGAUCACUAGACAGUUUAACCGGGGGUGUACCUCUGGACCCAUAAAUGAGACUAAAAUGGUGGGAGAGAAGAAAAGACAAGAGGAUGAAAGCCAUCAACAAUGCUCUUCCCUGGGGAAAUAAGCGCAGGCCAUUUUGAAUUGGUGAAACACUACAACAGCUCUACCACUCCACUAUUGUGAAACCUUCUCCAUUGAAGAUUUUACCUGUAUAUACGUAAGCUAUGGUCAGUGGGUUGGGAUAUCAGUGCAGACACCCCAAACUCAUGUAAAAUAUUCCUCCAGAGACUGAACUUUUUGUUCCUUGGUUAACGGGAAAGGGUUUAUUACCCUGCUCAAAUACUGUGAGGCUCCAUCCAGCCUAGUUUAAACUCAAGUGAUACCCCAAGCUGCUACCAACUGGCAUCACCCAUGGCUUCCAGGAAGGCAUCAGGGGCUUGUUAUGGAGGCAUGGUGAAGAGUGCCUUCUUCUGGUCUGUGGCCAUAAUAUGUCUGACUUACAUAGGUGGAGUGAGGGGAGACUGCUGGCUCAUAGAAGGUGAAAAGGGCUUUGUAUGGUUGGCCAUUUGCAGCCAAAAUCAGCCACCCUAUGAGGCCAUCCCUCAGCAUAUCAACAGCACCAUAGUGGACCUUCGCUUGAAUGAGAACAAGAUCAAGAGUAUCCACUACUCUGCCCUCAGCCGCUUUACAAACCUCACAUACCUGAAUUUGACCAAGAAUGAGAUUAAUUACAUUGAGGAUGGAGCUUUUUCGGCCCAGUUUAAUUUGCAGGUUCUCCAGUUAGGCUUCAAUAAGUUGCGUAACUUGACUGAAGGGAUUCUCAGGGGAUUGGGCAAGCUGCAGUACCUCUACCUCCAGGCCAACCUGAUUGAGACUGUGACACCCAAUGCCUUUUGGGAGUGCCCAAACAUUGAAAACAUUGACCUUUCUAUGAACCGCCUCCAGGUGUUAGAUGGGUCUACCUUCACCAGCCUGACUAAGCUGACAACCUGUGAACUCUACACAAACCCUUUCAACUGCUCCUGCGAGCUCUUGGGGUUUGUCAAGUGGCUGUCUGUCUUUCCCAACCGGACAAGUGAGCGGAUGGUGUGUGAUUCUCCUGCAGGGGUCUCAGGCUACAGUCUUCUAAGCCAGAAUCCGAACAAUCCCACAUACCGGAAUGCUCUGCAUAUGCUGUCCACUGUGUGCACGGAGGAUUAUGUGACUCCGUAUAUCUCUGUGCCUCCUGAUACCACCACUUUCCCUCCGGACUCCACACCAUGUGGGCUUGAAGACUGUCCCUCGGGUACUGAGCCGGAGGAAAUCAGCAUAAGUCCCACGUUCUUAGAUUUAGAUGUGAAACCAAUCAUGAAACUCAAGCAAGUGUCUCACACGAACGCAGUAAUCACUGUUCAAAUCCCUUACCCCUACAAGAAAAUGUACAUCCUUGUCUUGUACAACAACAGCUUCUUCACUGAUAUACAGAAUCUGAAGAGACAGAAGGAGGACAUUGAAUUGAAAAACCUGAAACCCCACACUGAUUACACCUACUGUGUGGCUUCAAUAAGAAACUCAUUGCGAUUCAAUCAUACUUGCCUGACACUAUCUACUGGGCCUAAGAAUGGAAAAGAGCGAGUAGCAAGUAAUGCAACUGCCACUCACUACAUAAUGACUAUUUUAGGAUGUCUUUUCAGUAUGGUAAUCGUUUUAGGCAUUGUGUAUUAUUGUUUGCGGAAAAAGAGGCAACAAGAUGAAAAGCACAAAAAGGCAGGCAGCCUAAAGAAGAACAUAAUCGAGCUUAAAUAUGGGGGUGAGCUGGAAGGCGGGACAAUAUCAAGGAUGUCUCAAAAACAAAUGAUGGCUGGGGAGAGCAUGACUCGCAUGCCCUACCUACCGUCCGGCAGUGAAAUGGAGCAAUACAAACUGCAAGACAUCAGCGACACCCCGAAAAUGGCCAAAGGGAAUUACAUGGAAGUGAGAACAGGGGACCACCCAGAUCGAAGGGAAUGUGAGAUGUCCAUGGCUGGCAAUAGCCAAGGUUCAGUUGCAGAGAUCUCGACAAUUGCAAAAGAAGUGGACAAGGUCAACCAGAUUAUUAAUAAUUGUAUUGAUGCUCUAAAAUCAGAAUCCACAUCCUUCCAAGGGGUGAAGUCUGGUGCGGUGUCAACUGCCGAACCUCAGUUGGUACUCAUUUCAGAGCAGCCUCAGAGCAAGUCUGGCUUCCUUUCGCCUGUCUACAAGGACAGCUACCACCACUCUUUACAAAGACAUCAUGCAUCAGACGCCUCUCCAAAACGUCCCAGUACAGCCACUGGAGGUUCCAUACGAAGCCCAAGGCCUUAUCGUUCAGAAGGGUCAUACAAGUCAGAGUCAAAGUACAUAGAGAAGACUUCACCCACAGGAGAGACUAUCCUGACCAUCACGCCUGCAGCUGCAAUACUAAGAGCAGAGGCGGAAAAGAUCCGCCAGUAUAGUGAGCAUCGGCAUUCUUACCCCGAUGCCCACCAAAUUGAGGAGCUGGAAGGACCAGAGAGCCGGAAAACCUCUAUCUUAGAGCCUCUGACACGGCCUCGGGCAAGAGACUUGGCUUACUCACAACUCUCUCCCCAGUAUCACAAUCUCAGUUACUCGUCAAGUCCUGAGUACUACUGCAAACCAUCACACAGCAUCUGGGAGCGCUUUAAACUCCAUCGCAAGCGACACAAAGAUGAGGAAUACAUGGCUGCGGGCCACGCUUUGAGGAAAAAAGUGCAGUUUGCAAAGGAUGAAGACCUGCAUGACAUUCUAGAUUACUGGAAGGGAGUAUCAGCCCAACAAAAAUCUUAAUCUACUCAAGUGUUUGUUUGUGUCUUUUUUCAUUUUUGAUGGACCACAAAGAACAGGACCAUAUGAAUCCUUAAUCUAGUGAAAUCAAAUUCUAAAGGAUAAAUAUUACACCACAGUGAUUUUCAACUUAGGGAAAAAGGUUUGUGUACCAAAAUGAAAAGAUGUUACUUAAAGCAACAAGAUGAGAAUAUAUUGCAAA